AUGCAGAAACAAGGUCCGAAGUGCUCCUUUGAGCUAUGCAAGAUUCCUCUGAUGGUCGAGGGCAUGGUUCGCUUUGCCACUGGCGGCCGCUUCGGUGAAGUCUACAAGGUCACCAACCUCGCCGACUCGGGCGCAGGCUCUCUGCGUGACGUUGUCUCUCAGCCCAAACGCAUAGUCGUUUUUGACGUGGGUGGCGUCAUCAACAUGAAAUCGCGCGUGGUCGUGUCCAAAAUGGUGCACAUUGACGGCCAAACGGCACCAAGCGACUCGUGGCGUGCAUCGGGCAAAGACGCCAUCACCAUCGCCGAGGGCGCGCGCAUGAUUUUCGACCAUGUCAGCGUCUCCUGGGGCCGCGACGAGACGCUCAGCAUCAGCGGCACCGCAGCUAAUGUCACAGUCCAGGGUACCCUCAUCGCCCAGGGGCUUGAGAUGCAUUCAUGCGGUGGCCUCAUGGGAACUGAUGGUGGCAUCAGCCCGUUCAGGAAUCUCUGCGUCGACAACAACACGAGAAACCCCAAGGUCAAGGGCGCGAACGACUUGAAAAACAAC